AUGGCGGCGAGGACGGUGCGCUUCCUGCUGCUCCUCGGGCUCGCCGCGCGCGGGCCGAAGCCCGCGCGGGGCGCCAAGAUGAAGGUGGUGGAGGAGCCCAACACGUUCGGGCUUAACAACCCCUUCCUGCCCCAGACCCAUCGCCUCCAGCCCAAGAGGGACCCCUCGCCUGUGUCUGGACCCAACCACCUGCUCAGACUCUCCGGCAAGUGCUUCAGCCUCGUAGAGUCCACGUACAAGUAUGAGUUCUGCCCCUUCCACAAUGUUACUCAGCACGAGCAGACCUUCCGCUGGAACGCCUACAGCGGGAUCCUGGGCAUCUGGCAUGAGUGGGAAAUUGCCAACUACACCUUCGUGGGUAUGUGGAUGCGGGAUGGUGACUCCUGCGGCCCCAAGAGCCGGCAGACCAAGGUGGAGCUCACAUGCGGGAAAAACCACCGGCUGGCCCAGGUGUCAGAGCCCAGUACCUGUGUGUACUCACUGACAUUUGAGACGCCGCUGGUCUGCCACCCCCACGCCAUGCUAGUGUACCCAGUGCUGCCUGAGGGCCUGCAGCAGAGGUGGGACCAGGUGGAGCAGGAGCUGGCUGAUGAGCUUAUCACCCCCCAGGGCCAUGCAAAGCAGCUGCGGAGGCUCUUUGAGGAGGCUGGCUACUUGAGGGCACCACAGAACCGUGACCCCACUCUGCAGGAAGGGGUCUCACAGGGCCUGGUGUUUGAUAAUCUGGAGAGCUGCAGUCAGGCGCACAAGGAACUGGCUCAAGAGGUGAAGCGGCUUCGAGAGCUGCUGGCCCGACCUGACAGCACCCAGACUACAGAGACUACACGGGGCCUGCCCACUCAUCCCCCUCCCACUGGGACCACUACGUACAGUCUCCCAACACAGCUGCGUGGUGACCCAGGACGACGCAGUGACAAACUGUGACCCAGCCCAGGGACUACAGCAUUUGAGGGUCCACACACUACAGCCAGCUCCCGAGAGCCAACCCCUGGCUGCCCCAGGAACUCAGACUGAACAAAGGUUCCAGGUUUUAAUGACCCCGAUAAAAGUAACUCCAGGGUGCAUGUAAACUGUCACAUAAAUGCUAGAGUGUAAAACAUUUACACAAGGGUUCACAAUGGUCAACUGCAUCGUAAAUGCUACCUCCACGGUGAAGAAUCCCUUCAAAUAGCAUUCCCAUCUAAAUACUUGAAUGCAGACCAGAGCCCUGGGGGCCUCCAGCACCAGGCAGGCACUUUGUGGCUCCUAGACCUACAGCCCUGCUGCAGCCUGGGGACACAGGAGGACUGCCCAAGCAGUAGGGACUUGAGUGUCCCUCGAGGACUGUGACUAAUGGUGCCCUGGAGACUGCCUAGGCCAUCUUGGUCACCAGAGUGGGAACUCGAGGCCCCACCAUUGGAAUGUCAGCCCAGCUGCAGACAGAACUGCCUGGAGUAGCUUAUACACAGACUUGAAACUCACUGGUUCCUCACGAUCCCCGAACUGGACCUCUAGCUACAGAUGCUCCUUGCCGGCCUGGCCUCCCAGAGAUGCCGCUGGCCAUAGCCGGGCCAGAAGCAUCAAUGCGAGUACAAAUAAAGGACUUCAAACAGUGA